AUGCCCAAAGAAACUACCAAAUCCAAGCGCAAGGCUGCCGAGAAGGCUGAAAAGGUCCCUCGCAAAACCAAGAAGGACCCAAAUGCUCCCAAGCGCGCUUUGUCUGCGUACAUGUUCUUCAGCCAGGACUGGCGUGAGAGAAUUAAGACUGAAAACCCUGACGCUUCCUUUGGUGAAGUUGGCAAACUUCUUGGUGCCAAGUGGAAGGAACUUGACGAUGAAGAGAAAAAGCCUUACAUCGAGCAAGCCGCCAAAGACAAAGAGCGUGCCGAAGGAGAGAAGAACGCUUAUGAUAACGGCAAAAAGAGCGCUGCCAACAGUGACAAGGAGGAAGAGGUUAAGGACGACGACGAAGACGACUAA